AUGAACAAUCGAUUCCCCGGGGAGCAGGUGCAACUUGCGUGUGAAAGAUGCCAUCGACGAAAGGUGAACUGCGACAAAUUAAGCCCUUGCUCGAAUUGUGAGCGACAUGGUGUCCAAUGCAUAGCCGUCCGGCGCGCUCGCCUGCCACGAGGUCGGAUGAACAAUAGGACCACGGGGCAGACGGACACUUCAACAUCUGCAAUCAUGGAAAGGAUGGACAAAAUUGAGCAGCAACUCAUCCAAAUGGCCACGGUUGAUCGAACGAUUUCCGAUGACUUGCUUGUACACACGAGAGCGAGUACCUCAGAGCAAAACCGCGCUCCAUGGUCUGAAGCGGGCGGGACACCCUCAAGCCAGAGUGACAUCGCGAUCUCGACAGAUCUGCAACCUUUUGGCAAUAGUCCCUCAGCUCCACGGGUAUCCGGCCUCGGUGGCACUAUUGACGCUAUAGACCAGAGUCUGAAUUCUCCUCCCUUCGGUGUCACUCUUGUCAAUUCACUGUCGGCAAAGAACACCCACGGUACGGAAAGUCAUACUCUAGAGACACAAUUGUCUCCUCAAACCCGCCGACAUCUUUGCGCAAUCUAUUUGCAUAACGUGGAUCCAUUGUUCAAGAUUCUUCACCGACCCUCCGUUCAAAAGUUUCUCUGCGAUGGUGAACGAUAUCUGGACUAUAAGCCGGGCCACCAUACCCCCGCUACACUUGCCUCCGCUAUUUUCUACUCGGCGGCUUGCUCUCUGAACGACUCUCAAUGCGUUUCCUUGUUUAGGGAAGAUAAAAGUGUCAUAGUCGCUUUGCUCCGGAAAGAGACCGAAUCAGCACUAUUUAAAGCAGACUGCACCGCUUCAAACGACUUGACGAUAUUACAAGCCUAUGUACUUUCUUUGCUGGCUACUUGGACUUAUGACCAGAGUAGACGUGUUUGGACGAUGUUAAGCAUCGCUCUCCGAAUGGCCCAAGCCCUAUCUCUACAUUUACCCGAGCCCCCAUUUUCUAUUACUCCUUUCGACCAGGAAAUGCGCCGGCGGCUGUGGCUUGCCAUAGGACUGCUGGAUAUCUCAACCUCUCUAUCCCAGGCCUCUGAGCCAAUGAUGCAGACGGCAUGGUUGGAAUCCCAUCCACCCUCCAAUGUGAACGAUGAUAAUAUAUGGUUUGACAUGGAAGAGCCUGUGCAAGAGGAAGAUGACACCGUGUUCUCUGAUAUGUCAUUUUCUUUGAUACUUUUUGCAGCACAGAAUGUUGUCAGGUCUAUAGGGUUUUCUGGCUGGAUGGAGAUUGUCAUAGACCACUUAGUCCUGCGGCAGCGACUUGUUGAUUGCUUUCGGAAAACGGUCCCAACGCUGCUCCUUGGAUACAGUCCCGAGAGGGAGCCAUUUCACUGGUACGCCCGACUAACUACGCAGACCAUAAACUCUUGGUUACAACUUAUUUCCGUUCGACCAUUGAAAAAGAGCAGGACGUUUGUCUCCUCUGCGAUUUCUGGAGAUGAUGUACUGAAAUUGGCCGCUGAAAACCUUAAAACCAUACUGGAGGGACAUAAUGAUCCUCGCGCCUCCCCUUGGCGAUGGUUUGAGUGCAUGUGGACUCCUUGGCAUGGACUCGCGGUUGCUAUGUCAGAGCUUUGCACCUGCGAAGAUCCACUUACUAUGGCGAAGUAUUGGCCGUUGGUUGAAAAUUUCUAUUGCGAGUCGCGCGCUUCUGUUAACGGCGGUCAAAGUGACAGGGUCAGAAAGCCAAUGGAUAAACUUUUCGCCCAGGCGCGUACUAGGAAAGAGGAGUUAUUGGAUGGUCACAGCACCCGUGGGUUGCCAAUAUACCUCGCCAACGACGUGCUUUCUGGUGAGAAAGGAUCCAGAGAAUCUGAGGGUCAAUUCGGUUCUAGUCCCUUACUGGCGCUAGAUUCAAAUUCCAAUCCUGAUCAACAAAUUCAUUUUGGCAACAACGCACUGUUUUUUAGCAAUCACCCUAUCCUGUGGCCAAAUAUCUGGGACCAGGUUGAAUGCGGAGACCCGGCACUUAACAACGAGAGAGAGGUACCCUGUCAAAGCUACGAAGACUUCAUCUUUGGUUUUGAAAAUGGAAAAUGA